GCGCGGGAGCUCGGCCGGGCUGUGUCGGGCUGUGUCUGUGCGCGGCGCGAUGGCGGCGGACGUGAAGGUGUCGCGGUGCCGCCUGGACGCAGACGGCUGCGUGUGUCUGCGCGACAUGCUGCUGGCCUUCAACAGCCCCAUCACGGAGCAGCACGCGUGGGCGCUGGUGCACGGCUGCGCGCGCUGCCUCAAGGCGGCCGUGGAGUCUGACCGCCGCAGCUGCCUGCUCGUCAAGGAGCUGGGCCACGUGCUGAUACACCGCGACGGGCACGUGCACGCCAGCACGGUGUUCGGCGGCCGCCACGCCUCAGGGUCCAGAUCGCCCAUGACCUCGGAGAAGGAGCUGGUGAGCCACCUGGGCUACACGGUGUUCCAAGCCCUGGACUUCGGCUUCGGCGAGGAGGAGCAGCGGGAGCUGAGUCCGGACCUGAGCCGCCUCAUCGACCGCAUGACCUCCGCCGACGAGGUGCGGGAGGCCCAGCACGAGACUGAUGACGAGGGCAUCGAGCGAGACUCGGGAGACAGCGACGAGGAGAGCUCGCAGUACUGCACCCUGGACACCGUCAUAGAGCACUGCAUGAACCACCUGGCGGCGUCCACGCCCCAGGAGGCUGACGCCCACUACCGCGCCGUGUGCCGCGCGCUGGUGGCGGAGGCCCUGGAGCUGUCCUCCUUCCUCGACAAGGUGUCCCAGGGCACGCACGAGCUGCAGCAGCAGGCCGCCGCCCACUCCAAGGACCUGGACCAGCUCAAGUUCACGGACUGGGCGCGCCUCUGGGUGCAGGUGAUCCGCGAGCUGAGGCACGGCGUCAACCUCAAGAAGGUGGGGCUGGCGCACGGCCGCGCGCCCAUCGAGUACGAGCUCACGCCCUACGAGAUCCUCAUGGACGACAUCCGCUCGCGCCGCUACAAGCUCAACAAGGUCAUGGUGGACGGCGACAUCCCGCACCGCGUCAAGAGGGACGCGCACGCCGUCAUCCUCGAGUUCAUCCGCUCCCGCCCGCCGCUGCGCAAGGCGGCGGACCGCCAGCUCGCCCCCGCGAGAGGCCGGCCCAAGGCGCCCCGGGAGCUGCUCAUGGAGGCCAUCAAGCAGGGCCGGCGGCUGCGCCCCGCCUACAGUCCGCUCAAGAAGCGAGUGAUCCCGGUGGAGCCCGUGGCGCCCCCUGCGUCCAAGGACACGCCCAAGUCCACCCGCCGCCUCAUCAGGGUCGACUUCUCCCGCCUCAAGUUGCAGGACGAGGACGACGAUGACGACGAAGAGGACCUGCCGUCGCCGCCAGUCCGCGGCACCCAGAGGGACUCCCACGCCGGCUCCUCGACCAAGAAGGCGUCCCCCUGGCGCCGGACAGGUACCCUCACGCCCCAGGAGUAUCACAGCUACAUCGACAGCGCCCUAGCGUCCUACGACCUGGCCACGCAGUGCCCGGCGCGCAGGGCCGUGGUGCGCAGACACACCAUCGUGGCGGCGGCGGCCGAGGCGGGCACGCAGUCGCUGCCCCACUCGCGGCCGGCGUCGCGCGGCCCGGCGCUGUCCUCGGCCAGCUCGGAGACGGACUACUCCAACAUGCUGGGCUGCGCCCUGCCCGAGAUGUCGUGGUCUCGGAGCUCCCUGCAGGACGAGCUGCUGCACUCGAAGAACUGGCAGCAGGCGAUGGAGUGCGUGUCGCUCACGCUCGAGGAGAUCGUGCACAUCCGGAGCGUGCUGACCAAGGCGGAGCUCGAGGGGCUGCCGGUCGAAGGCCACGUCAAGGAGGACGUGGAGAAGAGGAAGGUGUGUUUCCUGUGCUUGAAGACGAGGUUCGGGCUGUUCGGUCCGCGCGGGAACGAGUGCAAGCUGUGCAAGAGGACGAUCUGUUCGCGCUGCUCGUCCAAGAUGCGCAUCCCUACGGAGCACUUCUCACAGGUGCCGGUGUACGCGCUGAGCCCCGGACUGUCGUCGCCCGAGGAGGAAGCCAAGGACUCGUUCCCGCGCUCGCUCAUGAGCCGGCUGAUGGUGCCUCAAGGGGCGCGCAACAGCGUGGGCAGCGCGCCCUCCAGCCCGCACCUGACCCGCGGGGAGUCAGCCUCGGCGCCCGGCUCGGGCAUGGGCUCCAGCAUGGCGGACAGCAUGGAGGGGCCCAUGUCGCUGCCCGCCUGCAGCCCUGCCUCCGCGUCGGGCGACCGCAGGUCGCGUCUGAACCGGUCGAUGACCAUGGGCCAGCCGCAGAUCAAGAAGGAGAAGCUGAAGGGCCUGCAGAUGAUCGUGUGCCACGACUGCAAGAUGAUGGUGAUCCAGAUCAUCAAGACCUCGCGCACAAGCCGCAACAACGCGAUCCGCAACCUCACCCUCAACCUGUCUCCCGUCUACUGAGGGGGCCCGCGCGCCUGGCCGCACGAGUCGUGUUGGGAGCGGCGCAGCCCGGCGAUCCUGCAGCAUCGAUGAAACACUGUUCGCAGCUGAGAAAUGUCAGCUGAGUUCGGUAUUCUGAUGUACAAAAUCUCAAGCACCCAUAAAACCAUUUUUUGUACAGUCA